UUAAUUCUUAAUCACACAAGUAUUAGUUCUUAUGGUUUUAGUUAUGGAUCAUGAAGAGAGUAACAACGUAGAAAGGUUCGACGACGUAGUUUUGCCAGGGUUUAGGUUUCAUCCUACAGAUGAAGAACUCGUAAGUUUCUACCUGAAACGGAAGGUUCUACACAAAUCUCUUCCCUUUGAACUCAUCAAGAAAGUUGACAUUUACAAAUACGAUCCAUGGGACCUCCCAAAGCUUGCGGCCAUGGGGGAGAAAGAGUGGUACUUUUACUGUCCAAGAGACAGGAAAUACCGAAACAGCACGAGACCUAACCGAGUAACCGGAGGUGGAUUCUGGAAAGCAACCGGAACAGACCGACCUAUAUACUCAUCAGACUCGACCCGGUGCAUCGGGUUAAAGAAGUCACUUGUGUUCUACCGUGGCCGAGCUGCUAAAGGAGUCAAAACCGAUUGGAUGAUGCAUGAAUUCCGUCUCCCUUCUCCUUCUGACUCUCAUAACUCAUCAUAUCCUCACUACAAUAACAAGAAGCAACACCAUAACAACAACAAUAAAGAGAUUCCUUCAAGCGAUGCGUGGGCGAUUUGCAGAAUAUUCAAGAAGACGAACUCGGUAUCAUCACAAAGAUCAAUCCCACAAUCUUGGCUUUAUCCGGCGAAUCCUGUGGCCAACCAAUACAAUUUACAGUCUCAAACCGCACAUCUCUUAGCUUCAACAGAUGUCCUCAGCCACAUAGCAACAAGGCAAAACCUUAGCUCUCCUCCAGUCGAUGAACCCACAAGCUUCACCGAAUCAGUCACUGCUUAUUUCGCGUCUCAGAUGCUCGGAGUUCCGUACACAACUAGAAACAACGGAACAGGGGAUGCUCUGUUUCUGAGCAGCAACGAGAGUAACUACUUCAAUAACUUGGCCAGAGCAUUGACUAAUGAGCUUCCGAAUGUAAGAUCAAUGGUGGAGUCUGGUUUCGAGAUGACGUCGUAUUCCACUAACAAUUAA